GUUCUACCAUACUACUAAUAAAUAAAUAAAUUGAACUAUUUCUGAACGUUGGACGCCAUGUCAGUGUCACUGUCUCUUUGACAACUAACGAAUCGAUCGGUGUUUACUUUUUAAAUCGUGUUUAUGUUGUGUUUUGAUGCUUAUUAAAGUAUACCGAUAAAUAAAUAGUAGUCUCAGUAUUGUAUUGAUAUUAUUGGGUGGUAACCGAAACUGAAUUAUAUACCGAAAUUUGUACAAAAUGACUGAUUUAGUUGUAAAUAUUAGCUCAGACGAGAGCGAAGAGGAAGCCGGCAUUAUUUUGAAUGUGCGGAAAGUUCCUACAAACCCAGAGCUCCCAACACAACAAGUCCACUCAUUGUCUGAUGAAGGAGGCUGUACACAAAUCUAUAGUAGCAAUGCAGAUGACUUAUAUGAUGAUAUUGCUCCUGCUCCUUCUAACAGUAAAGGAACAAAGGGAAAAGGAUUAAAACGAAAAAGUGAAGGUAAUUCUCCUGAGAAUGGCAAGAGCAUAGCUAGUGUAGCAGCAGAGAAGAAGACUAAGAAACAGAAGUUCCUAGAGGAAAAAGCGGCAAAGAAAGCCGCCGACGAAAAAAACAAAAUGUACAAACCCGGGGAAUGUAUGAAGCACAUGCGUGCAGAAGGCCACCCGAGCCUGUGGUCCCGCUGGUACAUGUCGGACGUGUCCCGUGAGCUGGCGGCGGCGGGGGCGCGCGCGCGACACGACCCCGACGUGUGCGACCCCGCGCUGCUCGUGUGGUCCAGGACCAAGCCCAGGACUCUACAGCCUACGCAGGGAGAGGUCCGCCUUAGCCCCGCAGACGAGCGUUGUGACCGAGCCCUGUACAUCACGAGCGCGGAGGAGAUCAGCGAGCUGGUGAGCAACCACGGCCUAACGCCGCAGCUGGCGCAGGCGCAGCAGCUGGCCGACUGCAGGCUCACGCUCUUGCUGUACCGACCACACGACUUCUUCAAAUCAAAUCAGCGCAAAACAUCGAACAGCAAUCGUAUGCGAGUGACAGAAAUUGAACUGGAAUUAGCCUUAACAGAUUUGCUGGUGUCUGCCAACUGUGACACAGUCGUUGUGAACACUCCGAAUGAGCUUGCAUUAGCCAUCGUGCAGUUUACUAAGGCCAUCGCGGAAGCUCCCUUCAAGAAAGCAAGACGCGAGUGCGACGAGCAAGCACAGUUUUACAUGCGAGGAGACAACAAAAAAUGUGUCGCUUUGGAUAAAGAUGGUGUGACAGGCAUAGGCAGGUUGUGGCAGCAGAUGAUCGCGGUCCUGCCGCAGUCCAGCCUCGAGACCUCGCGCGCUCUCUGCGCCAAGUACCCCACACCACUGGCGCUGUAUCAAGCCCUGCAGUCCAGCGCAGUAUCGGAGAUAGCUGCAACAGGCGUGUCCCGCGCGGCGGCGCCGGGCUCCCGCGCCCGACGCGUCGGCCCCGAGUUCGCGCGCAAGCUGCACACACUGUUCACCGCGCAGUCGGGAGAUACACUCAUAGAAUAACUUACUAAACAACAGAUUUCCGAUUUUAUGUCUAUAUUGUGAAAAAGAUAACAAUGUUAGGCCUAAGUUAGGCUAUCACGCUAAAAUGAACGUAAACGGAGGUGAUAUAAGAUGAAAAAUCAUAAAUACUUUAAAUAUUUUUAUUUGGCUGUAAGUCAACUGAAGAUAUUGGGAUAGUGCCAAAUAAAAGAGAUGAUAAUUUGGUUUAUGUCCUGCUAAAAAGUAGUCCUUUUGUAUGAGAAAUGAAUUGUGUAGUGUAAUGAAAAUGCUGAAUUGGAAACAAAAAAAGGCAAUUUUGUUAAGAUCUCUUUAUUAUAAGAUUUAUUAUUGUAUUUGAGUACUUAAGAUUGAAUUAAGUUGUGACUAAAGUAUUAUGUUAGUUUAUAAUUUGAUAUUUAUUAAAAACCAGUUGCGGAGUA